AUGGACUCAUCUACUAGCAACAACGAGCCCUCACGGCAACCAGUUCCAGUGGAGAAGAACCAAAGUCAAUCUAGCAGCAAGUCGCUCGCAUUCAGUGAACACGAAGCGCCAAACUCGGACAACAAUGCUGCAACCCGAGCGUCGCAGCGAAAGCCACGACGCACAGCAACGCUGAUUGCGCUUGUCGUCACUCUCAUCUGCGUCGUAGCCCUCGCACUAGGUCUAGGACUUGGUCUUGGGCUCAAGCACAAAUUCAAAUCACAAUCCGAUGCAGCUUCGUCCAACACAAGCACCACAGUGCCAGGCGCAACUGCUUCCAACCUAGCCUUCAUUCCCAGAGAAAAGCUCGUCGACCCUUCGCAGCUGGAGCUCAACCCGACAUGGGACCGCUUCGCCCCGCCACAGGACCGGAUCUUCAACUGGACCCUCACUCAAGUCCUCUCCAACCCAGCAGGGACUACGAAGCAGAUGCGUUUGGUCAACGGUCAAUUUCCCGGGCCGAGUGUAGAGGCCAACAUGGGCGACCGCGUCAUCGUGCACAUCCACAACCAGAUGCCAGUACCAACGACCAUCCACUGGCACGGCCAAUACCAACGCGGCUCUAACCAGAUGGAUGGCUCAGCGGGCAUCACCGAAUGCGGUAUUGCACCCGGGACUUCUUUCACCUACAACUGGACCGUGCAGCAGUCCGGUACCUACUGGUGGCACUCUCACUACGGCCCCACAUAUGCCGACGGCCUGUUCGGACCCCUCAUCCUUCACGGAGACGACGAAAAGUUCAGGAUUAUCAACCCCAACAACGCCACUGCUGCUCAGACCAACGCCACCACAGCCACCACGACCAACGGCUCGGCUGUCAGGACCGACUACGACCGAGACUUAAUCUUUGUUGUCAACGAUGCGUACCAGGCCGACUCGUUCAGCGUAGCUGCCAUUGCUCGGUCCAAGACAGGACCACCCGGAGGCGAUCAGGGCAGCGAGCCCGUCCCUGACUAUGCUAUGAUCAACGGCCUGGGCUUCUCCAACUGCGGUCUUGCUCCCAACGGGACAACUUGCAUCUCGGACGAGCCCGCGGGGAGGACAGCAUACAACUUCACAGUGCCUGCCAACAAGCGUGUCCGCAUGCGUGUCAUCAACGCCGGCUCUCUGGCAACCUUCCGAUUCUCAGUGGACGGACACAACAUGACGGUCAUCGAGGCCGACGGCACCGAAGUCGAGCCCGUCGUGGUGCAGAGCCUCAACCUCAUGGUCGCACAGCGGUAUUCGGUCGUCAUCGAGACCGACCGGCCUGUUGGUGCCUAUGCUGUGCGCGCAGAGGUUCUCGACUCGAUGUUCAACUACGAUAACCCGUUCCUCGUUAUGGACCAGUAUGCUAUCAUGCGAUAUGAAGGCGUGUCCGCCUUGACGCAGCCCAUUUCGAACCCGGUCAACACGACGCUCAUCAACGUGACCGAGUCGUUGAGCACCUCGCAGCUGGUCCCCUUCACCCGCAUCGAUGCGCCUGCGUCCAACAUGACGACCAAGCUCGUCGUCAACUUUGGCCUCGACGCUUACAGCAACUGGCAUGCGUUUUUCAAUGAAAGCACCUUCACCUCUGAAAUGGCGCCCCAGGCCUCGCUCAUGAAGGCAUACACGUUCGAGACGACACAGCACGCGGCGUCCAACUCGAGCCUGGGUGCGUACUACACCGACGCGGACGAGAUGAUCGUCACCAACACCGACGUCGUCGUCAUGGACGUCAUCAUCAAUAAUCUCGACGAAGGCGAACAUCCCUUCCACCUGCAUGGCUUUACGCCGUUCCUCGUCGGGGCUGGCGCAGGCAACUUCCAAGGCCCCACCAACUUCACCCAGGCACGAACGAACCCCAUGCGCAGAGACGUGUUUUCCGUACCCCCCUACAGCUGGAUCGCGUUCCGAUUCCUGGCCGACAACACGGGCGUCUGGCCCUUCCACUGCCACCUGAUGCCCCAUAUGGCCGUGGGCCUCCUGAUGCAGUUCCAAGUCCUCCCGGACCAGAUCCCUACGCUGCCUGUCACCGACCAGUUCUACUCGCAGUGCUCGGCAGUUCACAGCUGGGUACAGCAGAACCAGGACUUGCUCACAUCAGUCGGUGAUCCCGAUGACUUGUAG